AUGAAGUUGAGCCACAUAUUAUCCAUAGAGACAUUAAAGCUAGCAAUAUAUUACUUGACAAAGACUUGCAGCCCAAAAUUUCGGAUUUCGCGUAAGUUCAUUCUUGAUUUCUAUCUUUCAAUUCUUUCAGAAUCAUGGAUUAGUUCAUUCAUUUUUGCCUUUGUUAGUGGCUAUCUAGCACCUGAAUAUGCGAUACGAAGUCAAGUGACAAGAAAAUCAGAUGUCUACAGUUUUGGAGUUCUGCUAUUAGAAAUUGUUAGCGGAAGGUGUAACACAAAUAGACGUUUACCUGCAAAAGAAAGGUAUCUACACACAAAGGCUUGGGAUUUGUAUGAGAGGGGGGAGCUGGAGAGUUUGGUUGAUUCCUCGCUAGCCGGCGACUUUGAUGUGGAGGAGGCGAUAAGGUUUUGCAAGAUUGGUCUCAUUUGCAUUCAGGAUUCUCUUCAGCUCCGGCCUUCAAUGUCCACUGUGCACGACAUGCUGAUAGGCAAAACAGAUGUCAAUGAGAAGAUGAUGUCAAAACCAGGCUUACUAUUUGAGUUUGUGGAAUCGAAAGAUCAAGGAAAACAGAAAGGCAAGGUUGAAGAAAUUGAAGUGGAAAAUACAUCUUUGAUGGCUAUGACUAGUUCAGAAAGGAAAGAUGAUUUGGAAAGUUCAUCUUUUUCAGGAAGCACAGGAUCUUAUGCUACAAUGACCUUCACUUCAAUUUAUGAUAGAUGA